UUUUUAUUUUUAUUUUUUUCUUUAGUUCCGCAAUUUAUCGAUAUUCCGAUAUGGAAGCAGCACAAUUACAAAGAUUGCACGCCGGACGCGUUUUUGUUUUUGGUACGGGCGAUGCCGGCGAACUCGGCCUGGGUGAAGACAUGCUGGAACGUAAGAAACCCAUGCCAUUAAGGGCCCUCGAUGGCGAAUCGAUUUGCGACAUUGUGUGUGGUGGUAUGCAUACACUGGCUCUGACCAAAACAGGCAAGCUGUGGAGUUGGGGUUGCAACGAUGAGGGAGCGCUUGGAAGACAGGGCGACGAAUAUGAACCGGGAUUGGUGGAAGCUUUGAAGGAUGUGGUGAUUGUAAAGGUCGCUUGUGGCGAUUCCAUUUCUUUGGCCCUGUCAGAUCAAGGCAAACUGUUUUGCUGGGGUACAUUUAGGUCUACUCAGGGCGCCUUUGGUUUUUCACCUAGUCAGGCCGUUCAACGCGAACCGGUCUUGUAUCCUUAUUUGGCCAAGGAGACUUUUGUGGACAUUGCUGCUGGUUCAGAUCAUUGUCUUGCAUUGACAACAACCGGUCGUGUGUUUGUUUGGGGCAACGGACAACAGUUCCAACUUGGACGUCGAUUGAUCGAACGUCGCCAACGUAACAGUUUGAUUCCCGAACCGUUGGCGCUUCGUCACAUUGUCACCAUCGGAUGCGGCUCGUACCAUUCAUUUGCAGUGUCUCGCGAUAACACAUUGUACGUGUGGGGACUCAACAAUUUCCAGCAAUGCGGUCUCAUGCAAGAUCCCCAAGACAAACAACCACUCGAGGAUAUCAUCACUACCCCGACCGUGGUGACAGGACUGCAAGGAAAAGGGCAAAUUAAAAAGGUGGUUGCCGGCGAACAUCAUUCGUUGGUGUUGAUGGAACACGGUGCCGUGUACGCGUUUGGUCGCGCCGAUGCUGGACAAUUGGGAUUGUCGGAGAAAAUCAUUGAAGAAGCCCAGGUGGACAGUGGAGAAGCUUCGCAUAAGAAAGCCAUCGGAUAUCCUAUUCAAAUACCUACCUUGUCGCAAAUCGUUGACAUUGCCAGUGGUGGUAAUCAUGUGGUUGCGGCUGCUCACAAUGGUACGGCUUACGCUUGGGGCUUUGGCGCUCAAUAUCAACUAAGUAAUGGCACGGGCGAAGACGAAAUGGAACCCAUUGUUUUGUCGGGACAAAAGAUUGAAGGAUUGAAGAUUCGCCGUGUGGCCGCCGGUGGUAACUUUAGCGUGAUUAUUGCCACGGAUAUUUAAAAAAGAAAAAGAAGGAAAACCUCAUUUUCUCCUGGUACCUUACCUUCAUUCAUUCAUCUAUUGACACAUUAUCCACAUCUAUUUCACGCAACGCAAGACAACGCAACGCAACGCACCACACGUAAUUCUCAUGCACAAAUUCCAUGCAACACAUACACGCACCCAUUUAUCGUCCAUUGUUUCCAAUGCCCUUUUUUUCUUUCUUUUCCUCUCUUACUUUUUUUUUUCUUUUGUGUUCGUUUUUGUACAAAAAAAGUAUUCCUUUUUUCUCCACAUUGUUUCAUAAAUUGAUCGCCAUGUCCAUGCGUUUU